AUGUCAGAUGGAGACCACGGAGGAUUUGCAGUCACGCGCAACAAACGAAGCUGCAAACGAUGCAAUGAGAGAAAGGUGCGAUGCGACCGAAACAGCCCUUGUGGUGCAUGCAUCAAGGCAGGGCAUCAAUGUGGCUUUCCAGGCGCUAAGCGCGCGACACGUACCCUUAGUCGACCCCCUAUAGGUGAACUGCUUGCGCGCUUGACCAAUCUAGAGGCAGAAGUCCAACAGCUACGCGCAAAGCAUCCCGAACCGAAUAGAGAUGAACAGCAGUCAAGCGAGUUAUCCAGUUUGAGGGAUGACCAAAGUCUUGAUCCAGGUCACUUUGGUCUACCAAGGGGAGGAUUUCUUGGGCACAGCAAUCCCUCGUGGUCCUAUGAUUCAUUUCGACAAUGUUAUCUUCAGCCAUUACAGAUCGAGGCCCUAUGGCGUAUAUAUCAAAAAAAUGUUGCGCCGUUGGUUGCAGUCCUUCAUCUGGCUACAACCGGCCGAGUUGUGCAGAAUGCGUCGAAGGGCCUGAGAAUUGACCCCACUAGCGAAGCACUUCUGUUCUCCGUAUGUUUUGCUGCCGUGGUUAGCCUGGAUCCAGAUCAACUUCAGUCGGAUCUUGGUCUGGAAUACCACAAGGCAAAACCAGCCUAUGAGCUCGCAGUAGACCAAGCGCUAAGCCGAGCCGACUUUGUUAAAUCCCCUGGGAUUCCAACCCUCCAAGCUGCUGUACUCUAUCUCCUCUGUGAGCGCGUGGAUGGAGAUACAAGACUUGCCUGGGCUGGGUCUGCCGUGCUCAUACGCCUUGCACAGUCACAGAGUAUCCACCGCGAUGGAAAGAGAACCGGGCUAUCACCAUUCGAAACGGAGAUCCGUCGACGUCUCUGGUGGCAUAUUUGCAUCCUGGACCUGCUCUGCUCAGAGGAUCAAGGUAUCGAUAUGCAAAUCAGGCCAGAGACAUUCGACGUCCAGUUUCCAGCCAACGUUAAUGAAUACGAGCUUGAUUCACUUAUGCUCGACCUUCCGCCUGAACAAAAGGGCUUCACGGACAUCACCUUGUGCAUCAUAACAUGUUUCAUGAUCAAGGAAGUGUAUUCAUCGUCCCAGCCCUUGAAUUCAGUCACCUCGCUAGAAGACCGAGAAGUUCGGGUCAGGUCUGUGGGGAAAAUUCUCCACGAACAAUAUCUCAAUUAUUUUGACCUGAGGAUUCCAAUCCAUUGGGUAGCAGCCACAAUCACUCGCCUUCACUUAUCAAAGUCAUGGGUCUCGGUGCACUCCCAAUAUUUACCCUCAGACCCAGGUGAGCCGCAAUCACCAUACAAUGACUUGGUAUUUCGCACUGCCGUCGAACUCGUCGAAUUCACAUAUUUCCUACAAACAAAUGAUGUUACCGCACAAUGGAACCGGCUCUGUAGGAGUUACAAGCCAAAGGAAGCCAUUUCAUACAUUCUGGACCAGUUAAGCUCUCGUCCACCAGGUCCUGAGGCAGAUCAUGCCUGGGAGGUGGUAACCAAGACAACUCUCCUGUGGAAACAUGGUGCCCAAGGCACUGGUGGUGAACUCGAACCGCUUUUGCUUGAGCUUAUUCAGCGUGCUGAUCUGCUACAAGAAGGGAAGGCGGCAAUUCAGACGUGCGGGUUGGCCAGAGAUCCUUGUUCUGGAGAGAAAAUGACCCUCAAGUCAUGGAAUGAAGUUUCGAUACCGGAACAAGUCAACUCCAUAGAGAUGGAUGUCUCCGGAUCGUACAGAAGCCCAUCCACCCUUGCAUGGCUUCAAGGGAUCUGGCCCUAUCAAGUAAUUAAUGAAUUAUGA